GUGACAGACAGUCAACUAUGGCUUCCUUCUCGUAGAUAGAGGUUCAUAGUGGACAACAAGACAAACUUGAAGCUGUAGCCGUUUAGUUGUCCUUUUGCUCACAAGCUGAAUUUACGAUGCAGAAGAUAAAGUCUCUUAUGGCCCGUCAGGGCCUGAAAAGUCCUCAAGAGAGCAUGUCAGACCUGAGUCCCGUGGAGAACCUGAGGAUCCCGAGCAAGGAGGAGUUGCGGGAGCUGAGGCAGCAGUCCAUCGACCCGCAGGCGGAGCAGGAGAUCAUCAACAGCAUCGAGGAGAUCUACUUCUCCAACGACUCCUUCGACAUGGUGCGACAUGAACUGGAGGUUUCCAAGAAGGUCGCUGAUCUCAUUCUGGAGAAACAGCCUGCUUAUGUCAAGGAACUGGAGAGGGUGACGGCCUUACAGACCAACCUGCAGCUGGCAGCAGUCAUUUGCACUAAUGCAAGGAGGCAACUACGAGGCGCAAAGGAGGGGUUCACAGAGGCCAGCCUGGGUCUGUUAGCCAAUCAGAGGAGGCGACAACUGCUGACAGGUCUACUCAAGUCCCUAAGGACCAUCAAGACCCUGCAAAGAACAGAUGUAAGACUCAGCGAGAUGCUUGAGGAGGAAGACUAUCCAGGUGCGAUUCAGCUCUGUCUGGAAUGUCAAAAGGCAGCCAGCACCUUCAAACACUACAGCUGCAUCAGUGAACUGAAUUCUAAACUACAAGACACUCUUGAGCAAAUAGAGGAACAGCUUGAUGUCGCCUUGUCAAAGACUUGUAAGCACUUCGAUAUUUUGCACUACACCAAGGUACAGCGUGCCUACUCGCUCCUCGGCAAAACACAGACUGCUAUGGAUCAGCUGCAUAUGCACUUCACACAGGCCAUCCAUAAUACGGUGUUUCAAGUUGUGCUGGGAUAUGUAGAGCUGUGCGCCGGGAACGCCGACACCAAGUUCCAGAAGAUGCAGUAUAAAGACCUCUGCACGCAUAUCACCCUUGACAGCUACAUUCCCUGCCUGACGGAUCUCUGUAAGGCUUUGUGGGAGGUGAUGCUGAGCUAUUACCGCACCAUGCAGUGGCAUGAGGAGCAUGACAAACAGGAGACCGCACCCACGCCCGAGGAUGCAGCAGCACAGUCUGAUGAGUUGAGUGUGGACCGAAGCUACGUGAAGAAAAAGCUUGAGCACGGACUUACACGGAUUUGGCAGGAUGUCCAGUUAAAAGUAAAGGCGUACAUUCUGGGUACGGACAUGUCUAACUUCAAAUAUGAUGAUUUCAUCGUGGUACUGGAUGUCAUCAGCAGGUUGAUGCAGGUUGGUGAGGAGUUCUGUGGCAGUAAGUCAGAAGUCCUGCAGGAGUCCAUCAAACGCCAGAGUGUUAACUACUUUAAGAACUAUCACAGAGCACGGCUGGAGGAGUUGAGGAUGUUUCUGGAAAAUGAGACGUGGGAGCUGUGUCCAGUCAAGUCUAACUUUAAUAUCGCCCAGCUCCAUGAGUUCAAGUUCAUGGGGCAGUGUCGCUCUCCAUCCAUUUCCCCUAGCAGACAGUCUGUGUCCUCGUCCGUCCCGCCCCAGGAGGAGCUGUCCCUAUUCCAGCUCUUCCUUCAGGAUGGAAACCCAUUUGAAGUGCAUAUUGAUCAAAAGGAGGAGGAGACCGAGGAUGUGCUCGCAUCUAAUGGCUAUGAGUCAGAUGAGAUGGAGAAGAGUGUGUAUCAGGACUACGACAGUGACAGUGACGUCCCCGAUGAACUCAAGCAAGACUACGUCGAUGAGCAGACAGGUGACGUCCCUCUAAAGGGUGUGUCCAAGGAGACUAUGAGAAGCAAGAAGAAGUCCGACUACAACCUUAAUAAGGCCAAUGCACCGAUACUCACCAACACCACCCUCAACGUCAUCCGGCUUGUCGGAAAGUACAUGCAGAUGAUGAACAUCCUGAAGCCAAUUGCCUUUGACGUCAUCCACUGUGUUUCACAACUUUUCGACUAUUACCUUUAUGCUGUCUACACCUUCUUCGGACGCAACGACAUGGGCAUCUCGGCUAGGUCUUUUUAUGGGAAAAUCAAGGAAAGCACAGGAGUGAGAGUGAUAGAAGAGAUCCCUGCAAGUUCUUCUGACUCUGAGUCAAACAGUGAUGAGGACCAGGAAGUAAUUUUCAACCAGCAUGAGAUAGAGACAGUGAAUGAAGGCAGUUCUGAUGAGGAGGAUGAAAGUUGUUAUGAAGAGGUUGAAGAGAUGGAUCAUAGUACAAAGUCCAAACUAGCUAAGGAAUUCAUGUGA